AGAGGAAGCUCAUAUCGAUUUCGUUAGGUUUGUACAGCUUUCGGGGCGGAAAGGUUCAGCCUUUUCCGAUUUUCAUCAAUUUCAACCGAAAAUCACAUCAUUUGAUGAGUUCGAAUUAAAGGGAUUUAGGUUGGUUCUUGGAAUUGAAGUAAAAUUAGGGUUUGUGUCUUGGGAUCAUCGUGCGUGAAUUCAUUCUGUUGGGCGGAGUUCUUGGCCUUUUGAUUAGUGAAUUGCUGUAAACUGCAUUAUUUGGCUGUUAGCUAAUGGACAAGGGGGUGCCACCUAGCCUCUUCGUCAAUGAUGGUUCUUUCAUGGAGAGGUUCAAACAACUUCAACAAGAGCAGGAGAAAGGGAAGAAUGUCAAAUUAGAGGAUUCUAAACCGAUUAAGGUUAUUUCAGGGUCUUUGUCUCCCAAUCCCUCCAUUACCAAAACAUCAGUGGACUUGAAGGUUAAUGAUACGAGGAAAACAUCCAAGGGUGGUUCUGGUGGCAAGCUAGCUUUCAGUUUGAAACAAAAGUCAAAGCUGGUGCCACCCCCUGUUAAGUUGAGUGCUGAUGAGGAUGAAGAAGAAAUUGAAGCUGGGUAUGUUUCAAAUGAUGCACCACUGAAACGACAAAAAUUAGGCCAGGAGGAAGGCAUUGACCAAUCAUCAAGACAACUUGAUGUUGCACCUCCUUCCCCAAGUGAUCCUACAGUGAAGAAAGUCGCUGACAAACUAGCAAGUUUUGUGGCUAAAAAUGGAAGGCAAUUUGAGGAUGUUACACGUCAAAAAAAUCCCGGGGAUACACCUUUCAAAUUUUUAUUUGAUGAGAGAUGUGCUGAAUACAAGUAUUAUGAAUACCAGCUUGCUGAGGAAGAAAAGGCUCUUGCGCAGUCAAGGGAAUCACAGGUGCCUCAUAAUGGGACAGGCAGUACAAGCCCUUCAUCUGCCAAACAGACUAGUGGUCAUCAAAGAUCAACUCAGCAGCAUGCCUACCAAAUUCCUGCAUCUGCUUUAUAUGAAAGUGCUGACAAUCCACGAGCUUCUGGAUCUUCAAUUCAAACAUCAUCAGUAGGAAGCAGUGCAGAAGAGCCCAGUGGUUCAUCAAAUGCUGAUUCUUUGGCACUAAUGGAGUUCUACAUGAAGAAAGCUGCACGCGAAGAGAAGUAUAAACAACCUAAGUAUUCAAAAGAUGAGAUGCCCCCUCCUGCUUCUCUUCAAGGCAAAAAAGGCCAUCAUAUGGGUGAUUUCAUUCCUCCAGAAGAACUUGAGAAGUUCUUGGCUAGCUGUAAUGAUGCUGCUGCACAGAAAGCUGCAAGGGAUGCUGCAGAGAGGGCUAGGAUUCAGGCUGAUAAUGUGGGCCACAGGCUCCUGUCUAAAAUGGGUUGGAAAGAAGGUGAGGGUCUGGGUGGCUCCAGGAAGGGUAUAUCGGAUCCAAUCAUGGCAGGCAAUGUUAAAAAGAAUAACUUGGGGGUUGGUGCUCAGGAACCUGGGGAGGUGACUUCUGAAGAUGACAUAUAUGAGCAGUACAAGAAGCGGAUGAUGCUUGGCUACCGUUACAGACCCAAUCCUCUGAACAAUCCCCGCAAGGCCUAUUACUGAACUUGACAGUGGAAGCUUUCUCUGCAAGUCUUUCCGGGGACAAGGAUAUUUUACAAUGUUUGAUGAUUGGGUAACUUGGUGUGUGUUGAUAGUAUGGUUUUCUUUAGCGUGCUGCACUGCUUGUACUCUUUUGAACAUAAGAUUUGGGGGAGAAAAGAGGGGGAAGGGUUUUAUGUUCAUUCAAUACGCAUUUUUAUCCGUCAACGAAUAAUGUUUUUUGUUGUUAUUUUUACUUGUUAACUUUUGAAGCAGUUUUUUUUUUAUUGCUAGCAUAUUAUAGCAUGAAGUGGUACUGGGAAUCCUAGCCCCUGGUCUUGGAUAUUGAUAAUUGCGUGAUGAUGUCUUAAAGAAUCUGGCUUUAUUGUCAUUA